AUGCAGGAAGACAGUCCUUUGCGAGACGUAGCUUCCGAUGCUCGCAUAGGGUACUCGAAGAGCAUGAAUAACUCGUCCGUGCAAAACUCCGAAUCAACUGCGUCAAGAGUGAGCAGUAAAUUGUCGAACCGUGCACAGAACAAUAAAUCAGAGCCGAUGAUGCCACUGUACACAUACAAGGACUUCUUCCCGCAGCCCAAGGUUAUGUACAUCCGCUCCGAGACGGUAGCAGACGAACUUGUGCAGGCAUUAAACGGAGCUGUGGGCUUUGACAUGGAGUGGUGCUGUAGCGGAAAACGAGGCCGUGGCAGUACUCGACCAACAGCCUUGGUGCAAAUAUGCGACUCCACCAUGAUUCUCUUGAUUCAAUUGAGCGCAAUGAAGAAGGUCCCUGAGAAGGUUAAGGAACUCAUUGAGUCCCCUGCAAUUCCAAAAAUGGGCGUCAAUAUUCGCGGCGAUGGCGUAAAGUUAUAUCGUGACUAUGGUGUCGUCGCCGCGAACCUCGUUGAACUGGGCACCUUUGCCUGCCAGGCCGAUCAGCGCUUCCUCGAUGCGUUCAAGCGGCCUAUGGUCAGCCUCGCCAAAUGCGUAGCUUUUUACCAACACCGCACGCUCGAUAAAGGUCCUGUGCGAACAAGCAAUUGGGAGGCUGAGCUGUCACGCCAGCAGAUCGAAUGGCCGCGCCUAGAUGCUGCCAACGAUGCCCACUGCGCCCUGAUUAUGUACAAGAAGAUAUUGUCCAUCGCGCGCGCUUCCAAGCGGCCGCUCACGCCUUCCGAGUACACAACGAACCUGGUCAAAGAGCUCGCCCGUCCCCAAUCAACGCCACCAACUAGAGCACUUAGGAGGCUUGCGUUGGAUGCCACGCCAGCGUCAUUGAUCGCACCACCCGUAGAAAGAGCGUCAUCUUCCCGCUCGACCGAUGGUCGAGGCUCCUCGGCCAGUGUUCCAGGGUCACGAGCCGCAGCGUCUCGCGCCACACCUCGCCCCCAACACCUCAAAGCCUACAACCUCUGGCGAGCAGGUAACCCUCUACACAGCAUCUGCGCGGGCCUCCGAACCGCCAAAAACCCGCUCAAGGAGAGCACAGCUAUAUCGUAUGUCGUGCGCGCCCUCGAAGCGGACGCGGCGUUGCCGUUUUCGAUGCGGACGCUGAAGGAGCUGGUGCAUAUGGAAGCGGGUUCCUGGACACGACAUCACCAGGCGAUUCAGGGAUGGGAGCGGGAAGGCAGGGGUAUAUGA